GCGAACGAACGAACAAAGCGUCGUUGCUUGGAAUCAGAGAGAGGGGAGCCUUGCAAACAGUUUCAUUACAUGUUUUAUGGUAGUAACGUAUCGGAGUAAAUCGAAUACAGUACACAUUUACUUCGAUUUGACGAGUGAGAAUUUUUUUUUAUAUUUUUACGCGCGCAAAGCGUAUACCAAAAACUAAAUCACACAUUUAUUCGAUUAGAGAUUUAAAAAUUUCGAUUAUUUUUUCAAUACCGAAUUGUGUUCAAAUUCGACUGUGACAUUUGUUGCAAGCCACUCUUUUUUCCCGUUGAAUGUAAUCCAUAAAAUUACAUCAGCGUUAGUGAAUUGUUUUCAUUGCCAACGGGAUGGACACUGUUCAAACGUAGGAAGAAAUUAAACCGCAUACGAACAAUAAAAGCCACGGGAACACAAUAAAAAGUGUGAAUUGGACUAAAAAAGAGAAACAAAUGUUGUAUUUCGUUUUACAUCAACUUUAAGCAUCAUCGAACAAUUCCGGGAAUUUCACAAGUUUUUAUUUUCGAAAGAAAAAGUGUAAGAAUCUCCCAGUGAUUCGUUUAUUUGCCGGUUUUUUUUUUGGUGAUUGCAUCGAUUUGGCAAUCAAUGUCAUCAUUUUACAUAAUGAACUGAUUUGAACCAUAACAGGAUCAACAAAAUUACGUAUCGCUGUCAGAAAACUGUCAAUUUUUUUAAAUAUUUGAUUUGUGUGACUGAAUCGAUGAUAAGAACUGAUCAAUCAUGUAUAAGUUACUUGGUGGUCUCAAGGAUUAUUUUAAAUUACAAGAAGUGACAACUGAUAGUGCUAUAUUUCGAUUGCAUAAUCUAUUCACAACGGCUCUAUUGCUGGCAUGCAGUCUUGUUAUAACCGCAACACAAUAUGUCGGUCAACCGAUUUCGUGCAUCGUUAACGGUGUUCCAACCCAUGUUGUAAACACUUUCUGUUGGAUUGCGAGCACAUUUACAAUGCCAGAUGCAUUUCAACGACACUUGAAAGUUGGCGUGUCUGUGGCUCAUCCGGGUAUUUCGAACGACUUUAAUGACGAGGACGCGAAAAAAUAUUACACAUAUUAUCAAUGGGUGUGUUUCGUGCUAUUCUUUCAGGCACUCGCUUGUUAUACACCGAAAUUUCUUUGGGAUGCAUUUGAGGGUGGAUUACUUCGAAUGAUUGUAAUGGGACUGAAUCUUGGCAUUUGUCGUGAAGAAGAGAAAACAGCCAAGAAAAGUGUCAUCCUAGGCUAUCUAACUAGCCAUUUAAAGCGCCACAAAUUGUAUGCCAUUCGGUAUUGGGGAUGUGAACUGUUGUGCCUGAUAAAUAUCAUUUUGCAAAUGUGGUUAAUGGACCGAUUCUUCGACGGUGAAUUCUUUUCGUAUGGUUGGCGUGUGAUGAAUCUUUCAGAUACGCCGCAAGAACAGAGAUAUGAUCCAAUGGUAUAUGUGUUUCCUCGCAUAACAAAGUGUAUUUUCCAUAAAUACGGUGCUAGCGGAAGCAUUCAAAAGCACGACGCACUCUGUGUACUGCCUUUGAAUAUCGUGAAUGAGAAGACAUACAUAUUCAUUUGGAUUUGGUACUUCGUAAUGCUAUUCCUGUUGAUUGGAUUAUUGAUCUAUCGUAUUUUGAUCAUCUCGAUGUCGAGUUUUCGUGCAAUGAUUUUGAGUGCCAAAAAUCGAAUGAUACCACAAGAAGUUACGCGGAAAAUAUCACACAAGCUUGAUGUCGGCGAUUGGUGGCUCAUCUAUAUGCUCAGCCAAAAUUUGGAUCCAAUUAUUUACAAAGAUGUGCUGACCCAAUUGUUGGAACGACUGGAAAUGCGGAAAAAUCAUCAAAUCGAUGAAAAACCUUAGAAAAUUGCACUUAGGAAUAAAAAAACAAAACAAAAUGAAUUUUAAUUAAGCCACAGAACAAAUUCACACGUUUUUAACAUUGCAAACGAUCUGUUAGAUUUUAACGAAAAAGAAGAAGAAACAAAAAAAAACAUUUAGAAUGAGACUGUAACUAAGUUUUAUAAUCCACAUUUUCGAAUGAAUUGAUGGAUAUUGUCAUUCCACGAUCGGCAAUCGGUAGCAUGUUAAUGUAAUGAGCUUUGGAUAUGCAAUACAAUUUAUGUUCCAAUUCACAUUGUGCCAAAUCCAAAUGCAUUUUAGCGUAAGCAUUGGCGAUAUUUUCGGAACGUUUUAGUUCGAAUAAAUUUCAAUUCGAAAGAUAGAUGGAUCUUUUUUCCCUCCGGCCCCUUUUUGAAUACUCAAAUUAUUGAUUGCAAAUUCAUUUUUUGUUUCAUAAAAAAAGAGAUAAAUUGAAACCAUUUUCACAGAAUUUUCUUUUUACCACAAAAUUUGACCACCUUUUUCUCAGUUUUAUCGUUCGUUAUGAAACAAUUCUGUGAUUAAUGAUGUGGAGCAAUGUUUUUUUUUUUUU